CAGUAUAUGCUCCAUAAAAAUGAAUCUUAUCUACUUUCCUUCUCUAUCUCAAGUUUUGUUUUGUUUUCUGUAUUGAACCUUACUUUCUCUUGCAAUGGUGUACACACCUUUUUACUUUCUUCUCUUUGUGCUUCUUUUUCCAUUCCACACUUUUGCUCAAAACAAUAGUACUAUAGCUGCUGGCAGCACUCUUACUGCAACAGAUAACACCAAACCAUGGCUCUCACCUUCUGGUGAGUUUGCAUGUGGAUUCUCACAAAUUCAAGGCACAAAUCAGUUCUUGGUUUGCAUAUGGUAUGCAAAAAUAAAUGAGCGUACCAUAGUUUGGCAUGCAAAUACUACUUCUCCGGUGCCACAAGGAUCAACACUGCGGCUGGAUGCUGAAUUUGGGCUGAUUCUUCGUGAUCCUCAGGGCAAUAGAUUAUGGACAACUGAUGGCUUUGUUGAUAAAGUUGCUUAUGGUUUCUUGAAUGAUACAGGAAAAUUUGUCCUUUCCAGAAAUGAUUCUAGAGUGCUGUGGGAUACCUUUGCACACCCAACCGAUACUUUAUUGCCAACUCAAGAGAUGGAGAUUGGCAGCAUGCUCAUCUCUCGACGCUCUGAAGCCAAUUUUUCACUUGGUAGGUUCUAUCUUCGGAUGCCUGAUAAUGGGAAUUUGGUGCUUUCAUCAAAAAUGGUUUCAACCAAUUCAGACUACGAUGCUGAUUACUACAAUAGUCAGACUUCUGAUACUUCAAAUCCGACAAAUUCUGGCUAUAAAGUGAUAUUUAGUGAGAAAGGCUCAGUUUCUAUACUAAAAAGAAACAACGCAACACAAGAGCUUACUCCACGGUCUGUCUCAUCAGUUACGGAAAAUUAUCUGAGACUAACUCUAAACUUUGAUGGAGUGCUCACUCUGUAUCGUUAUCCCAAGGGUUCUGCUGGUAACCUAUCUUGGAUUCCUCUUUGGUCUCAGCCGGAUAAUAUUUGUACGAAAAUUACUGGCGAUAAAGGCAGUGGGGCUUGUGGGUACAACAGUGUGUGCUCAAUUGAUGCCAACCAGAGACCAUCUUGUAAUUGCCCUCGGGGUUAUUCCCUGCUUGAUCCAAGUGACCAGUAUGGAAGCUGCCAACCAAAUUAUGUUCAGACUUGUGGGAAACCUGCGAAUGGUUCAUCUGAAGAGCUGUUUAGUUUAAUUGAGAUAACAGACACAGAUUGGCCACUAUCAGACUUUGAGCAGAUUAAUCCUUCCAACAAAGAUGACUGCAGAACGGCUUGUUUGAAUGAUUGUUUGUGUGCUGUUGCAAUUUUCAGAAGCAAUACCUGCUGGAAGAAGAAGUUGCCACUGUCGAAUGGGCGCAUAGACACCACUCUAGAUGCAACAGCUUUCAUCAAAGUGGGGAAAGGUGAUGCUCCUCCUUUGAGUCCUGAUCCGUGGAGAGAAUUUCCAGAGAGGAAGAAGGAUCAAGGAAAUUUGAUCCUUGCGGGUUCAGUGCUCUUGGGAAGCUCUGUAUUUGUAAAUGUUCUACUCCUUACUGCACUUCUUUUUGGAUUCUUCUUCAUUUACAAGAAGAAAAUCAAGGCAUUUGCCCCUACUAAUCUUUCUGUGCCAUCAAAUCUGCAAUACUUUUCAUAUCAAUGUCUUGCAGAAGCUACAAACCAGUUUAAGGAAGAAGUAGGCCGAGGUGCUUUUGGAAUUGUGUAUAAAGGGGAAAUGCCAGUGGGUUCCGGAAACAUUGUUGCUGUGAAGAAGUUAGAUCGAGUAGCUCAUGAUACAGACAAGGAGUUCAAGACGGAAGUAAAUGUGAUUGGCCAAACACAUCACAAAAAUUUGGUCCGGCUGCUCGGGUAUUGUGAUGAGGGGCAGCAUCGGAUGCUGGUUUAUGAGUACAUGCCAAAUGGCACUCUAGCAACUUUCCUUUUCAAUGACCUCAAGCCCAGUUGGAGCCAGAGGACCAAAAUUGCCUUGGGGGUUGCUCAUGGCCUCACCUACCUACAUGAAGAAUGCAGCACUCAGAUCAUUCACUGUGAUAUAAAGCCUCAGAAUAUACUUCUUGAUGAUUACUAUGCUGCUCGGAUCUCAGAUUUUGGAUUGGCAAAACUUUUGAUGAUGAACCAGAGCCGGACAUAUACUAAUAUUAGGGGAACAAAAGGCUAUGUUGCUCCCGAGUGGUUCAGAAACAACCAAGUCACAGUGAAGGUCGAUGUUUACAGCUUUGGAGUGUUGCUGAUGGAAAUCAUAGCAUGCCGGAGAAGCCUGGAGGACGAAGAAAUAUGUGGAGCAGAUAAAGCUGUUCUUGCUGAUUGGUUCACGGACUGUUUUCAUGAGAAGAGAUUGGAGUUAUUAGUUGAAGAUGACGCAGAGGCCUUGUGUGAUAUGGAGACGCUGAAACGAUUUGUAAUGACUGCGAUCUGGUGCAUUCAAGAAGAUGCUUCUCUGAGGCCAACAAUGAAGAGGGUCAGCCAAAUGCUUGAAGGUGCAGUUGAAGUUCUUGUGCCUCCAGUUCCUUAUCCUUUAACCAGUAUCACUACUUAUGUUUCACUUGAAUAACUCUUUUAUUGCCUUCAUAUAUUCAUAAAACCAUGCCACUCUGAUUGUCUAUUCUCUUUAGGCAUUUCACUUGCUGCUUAAUUGUAGUAAUUUCCCAUAGAUUGCAUAAAAAUGUAUUGAUAGAAUAUAAUUGCUCACACAAUACUACUUUUCUUUCCUAUAUGUUAAAUGUUUUAAGUUUAUUC